CGCUGGGCGACUCGCCAUGGUCCCACAGAACGACAGGAACCACCCGUUCAUGGCGUCGUGCUCGACGCCGCAGCCAUACGCCGGGCCCUUCAUGUACCCGACGGCCGGAACGCCUGGCGCCGGCUGCGCCGGCUGCUCCGCUGCAGGCUAUGCCAGCCAGCCGCAGCCCGUCUACCCCAUGAUGGGGGGCAUGCCUUAUCCUGGCCGGCACGUCGGAAGCUACGCUCAGAUGCCCUACGCGUCCUGCUCUACAGCGAUGCCGAUGCAGUCGUCGGCCGCGACGCCGAUGCCGACUGCCGCGAUGCCCCUCUACACCGAGGCCGUGCCGCUGCGCGGCGCCGGCGCCAGCGGCUCCGCCGGCAUGAGUGCGGGCAUGCCUGUCGGCCAGUACGCUGUCCAGAUGCAGCACCAGAUGCCGUACGCAAUGGACGCCUCGCAAAUGGGCUACGCCGGCAUGGCGUCGAUGCCGCCGGGGCUGGCUGCGUACCCCGCCCAGCCGAUGAUGCCCGGGUACGCGAUGCCAGCGGGGUACAGCUCGAUGCUGCACAGCGCCGCCGGCUACGGACAGCUCGCUUCUCAACGCCUGCUGCCCGCGCAGCCGAUGCCGCGGCCUCGCCACCCACCCGAGGCGGCGUGGCCUGCCGCCUGCCCGCCUCUCUCGGCGGCCGGCAAGGAGAAGCCGAUCGCCACGCCGCGCAAAGACCGCUCGCUGGCGACGCUCGCGCAGGAGCUGGUGCGGAUGUACGGCCACGUGGGCGGCGAGAUCGACAUCGACGAGGCGCAGUCCGUCUUCUCCUCAAAGUGGAAGAAGCGGCGGCUGUACGACGUGAUCUGCGUCUGCCAGUGCCUGCGCGUCGUCGAGCGGUGCGGGCGGGCGCGCUUCAUCUGGCGCGGCGCGGGGGCGAAGCAGGUGCAGCGCGCGGUCACCGACGUGCUGCUGCGGCACAAGGCCGGCUGCCACCACCCGCUGCUGCAGCGCGAGCGCCGGCUCGGCCAGCCUCCCGCCCUCGCCACCAACCCGGACGAGCCUCCGGUCCCCGUCACGGGGCUCGCCUACCUCUGCCAGCAGUUCAUGCUGCUGAUGCGCGAGCGCGAGCGGACGGGCGACCCGGCGCCCAUCCGCUUCGACGACGCGACCCAGCUGCUCUGCGAGCGCGUCGGCUCGACCGACUCCAAGACGGUCCUCCGCCGCAUCUACGACGUGGUCAACGUGCUGCAGGCCCUCGGCCUGGCCCGCCGGCCGGAGAUCGCGCGGCGCGGCAUCCAGUGGACGGGGCCGUCGCUCGACGUGCCGGAGCCCAAGUACACGCCAGACACCGUCCUCCCGCCCUGGCCGGGCGUCGCCAUCUCGCGCCGCAACAAGGGCGACGGGCCGACGCGCUC